UAACUAGGAAACUAAAAUCAAUUUAUUCAUUCCACCGAGAGGACUUGAAACUCGAUGUCUCCAACUGAAAACCUCGAAACAAACUUACUAAGCUGAAAACCUUAAAACUCAAACGUAUUAAACUGAAAACUUCUGAUUCAUGAUGUAUGCUUUGUGAAGUGAAUGAACCCUGUGCACAUACUGUGGUAUGCGAAAAUUGUGGCAAAAUUCAACUUAAAAGAUGCCCCAAGUGUAAAACACGUAUAGAAAGCAAAAUGAGAGCUGAAACUCCAGAGUUAGAGAAGUUACUCCAAGUUGUCGCACAACUGUUAGGAAGCAAGUGGCAGCAAGUUGGUAGGAAUUUAGGAAUAAGAAAUGUCCAACUGGAAAUUAUCAAGUUAGACAAUCCUCUUAACACUAAAGAACAGAGCUUCCAGAUGUUGUACAAAUGGUACGCAAGUUGUGAUCAAGAGAGACGAACACUGGAGACACUCAGAGAGGCUCUUGAAGCAGCUGAGUGCUUUGAGGCACUUCAAUGUCUACCAUCAGAAGAAAGGUGAACUUGUGUGUAAAUGUAAUACUCAAAGGAUAACCUUGACUAAACAGAGACUCAUGAUCAAAUGCCUUCCAGCCAGGACCCUCCUGUCUUUAUGUAGGGAACCCAGAAUCACAUUGUCCAAUGUGUUCUUCUUUAAAUGGUGAAUUGAGGAGGAUUUGGAUACUAAUUCUAGCAAAUCUAUCUACCACAUAAGAGAUUCCCUUCCUGAAUUGGUUCCUUUCUUCUUAGAAAUUAACUUUUGAAAUAGAGAUAAACUUUGAAAUGUUCAUUUGCUGUUGUUUUUGCUGUGUAUCUAAGCUCCUCCCCAAAUGCCUUCCAUUGUUGUAGAGACAGUUUUCAUAUCCUUUCGUAUAUUGAUAGUUAUCUACCUUCAUUUAUAGCUGAAAGGGAGAUGUCUGGUAUAUAAAUAUUGAUGUCUUUUCUCUUUAUAUAUCAUAUAGGGAUAGUUUUUCUAUGUAAUAUAUGACGUACCUAUGGGUAUUUCACUUUGUCCUGUUGUGGUGUUUUAAGAUAGGUCCCUUCUAAUGUGGGGGUGUUUGAAUAAAACUCAGGGUUGGGAGUGCAAUUAAGAGUUAUCUCUAUUUAAAAUUCUAGCUUUAGGAUCAUUGUUAAUUACUAAUUACUGCAGUUUUUUAUUUUUUUUCCAGCAAAAACUAAAACUUUACAGUUGCAUAUAUAAAAAAUAAAUCCAUAAAUUUCAAAUUUAUUAA